AUGGACCGAACAAUAAUCAAAUGCAACAUAGACCCAACCAAACCUAAGGGUUUGACCAAAAAAGCCCCAAAACCACCUCAAGCUAAGUCAUCAAACAGUUUGGAGGACUUGUUGAAAGCAUACAUGGAAAAAAACGAUGCCAUGAUCCAAAUUCAAGUGACAACGAUUCAAAGUCAAGUAGCAACACUGAAAAAUUUGGAGAACCAGAUGGGUCAGUUAGCUAUUGAGCUUCGUAGUAGACCUCAAGGAGCUUUGCCAAAUGAUACAAAAAAUUUUGAAAAAUUUGGGAGCAAGCACCAACUUGAUGCCCAAUCCAUUUUCAAGCUGUUGAGAAUAGGUGAAGUAAGACCCACUACUGUGACACUUCAACUGGUGGAUCGAUUAUUAGAAUAUCUCGAAGGGAAGAUUGAGGAUAUUUUGGUAAGAGUUGAUAAAUUUAUUUUUGCUACUGAUUUCAUUGUAUUAGAUUUUGAAGCAGAUAAGGAAGUUCCAAUCAUCCUUGGGAGACCUUUCCUAGCCACGGAAAAAAAUUUGAUAGAUGUGUCGAAAGGCGAACUCAUCAUCCGAGUUGAAGAUGAUAAGAAUGUUUAUGUAAACCUUGGAUCUCUAUCUGAGAAUAUGGAAGAUGGAAUUCCAGGAAGGCGCCCUAUCUCAAAGACAUAG